AUGGGAAUCGUUCGCGAAACUUAUCACAAAUGUUUAAAAGUUAAACAAAUAUUGAAAACUCUUAUGAUAAAAUUCGAAGAACGAGAUGUUUUCAUGUCUGCCGAAGCUCAGGAAGAAAUAAGAUCAAGAAUGAAAUGCGAUGCUAUUUUGGUACCGCAGGUUUUUGUCGAGGGUCAGCACAUUGGGGAUGCUGAAACCAUUGAAAGAUUAAACGAAAUCGGAGAAUUGAGGACCAUUUUGAAACCUUACAAGUGCCUAGAAUCUUGUUUAACAUGCAAGGUUUGUGGCGGUUAUCGUCUUCUUCCUUGUAGUUUUUGUAAAGGAAGUAAGAAAUCCAUGCAUAGAAAUCACUUCACAGCCGAAUUCGUGUCUCUAAAAUGCAUGAAUUGCGAUCAGGUUGGACUAGUCAAAUGUCACGCUUGUUAA